AUGGAAAGCCAUGAUUUUUCGCAUAUAGAUAAUGUUUUGGCAGAUGUAGAUAGAUAUUUAAUGGAAAACUCAACAAUUUCUGAUCCCCAACUUAAAGAAAAUCCUCCUACAACAAAAAAUCCGGCGCAAAAUUUAUCUCCUGUUUCUAAAGCUCAUAGUGACAUUAAUUCAAUGCUUAAAAGAUUUAAUGUUGAUCAAACAGAAGUACCUCGCCAACCAAGAAUCAACUUUAAUUUUGAUACAAACCAAUCUUCCUCAAUCGAAUCAUCAUCUUUUAAUUAUGAAUUAGAAGCUGGGCCUAAGGGAAGUCCCAGUUAUAAAUUUAUGAAUACAAAUAAUAAUUCUUUUAAUCAAAAUACUUCAUUCACAAAUUCUUCAAAUUUAUCUCAAAAAUACACGACAACUCAACCAAACACAACAGGAUAUGAUAAUUACCUAUACAAAUCUCAAAAUAGAAAGCAAACGAUUUCAAGAGGAAGAGGUAAAAUCCAAACUGCAGAAGAAAUCGAAAUUGAGAUGCUCCAAGCUGAGAAUGCUUCUUUAUUGCAAGAACUUCAGCAAUACCAAACACAAUUAAUAAAAGUACAAAAUCGAAAUUCAGAAUUAUUGCAAAUGAUAGAAAACAAUGAGUGUGAGCUCUAUGAAAUUAAGAAUAGAAAAUGA